CCAGUCGGUUUAAGUCAUGUCAUUUAGAUCCUAGUGUGCAUUUCAGGAAUAUCGCAAGUGUCUGAUACUAGUAUAACAAAAAGUUUUGUUCAUUUUAACACUUUCUCAUUGCUGCUUGAACAUGCAUUUUCUCAUGGCCAUCGGGUUCGCUGUGAUAUUCGGUGUCAUGUCUGUGUCUUCCUCACCGGUGUAUUCGUCCUCGUAUUCGUCGGAUAUAUGGUCGAUCAUCUAUGAUAUAAGUAGUAGUGAUUAUAGCUACGAUGAGGAAGGGGGAAGUUCAUCGUUUACAAUGAAUGAAAUACAGCCGGUCUUAGACAAACAGGAGGAACUGUUUAAUAUUCAGUUACAAAAUACAGUCGCAAUAUUGCAGGAUGAAGUAAACAAUCUCAAGAACAAAGUCAACAUUUUCGCGACUGACCAGAGAACAGCAAAUGGUUUAAACAUGAAUACUUUUCUAGACCAGCUUAGAGACAAACGAAAUGUCCAAGGUAAUGGUAAUAUGAAGAAUACUUUAUUCGAUGAACCAUUUAUUUGUCAGCACAGACCCUUACCAUAAAACGGGAGAACAGGUUUUAACAGUUGCUCAUUUGUUUUUGUUUUCGAUCCCAUUUCAGCCUAUGGUGUGCCCAGUCAGGUAAACCAAAAGAAAUGUAAUUACAGUACCAAUCUAUUUACAUUGUUGAUUAUUUACG